CUAUUUCAUUAACAAAUCUAGUACCGCACUAGCUACCGGAAAUGAUUAAUCGUCAUGGUAUCUCGCGGCAUGAAAGACGAACAGCUUGCCGUCCGCUAAACACGAUCAUUGAUAAACUCUUAUCUUUCGGUGGUUUAUCGUUCCGUAUUCGCAAACACUCCGCGAGCAGCGUAAGCAUAUUCGCAGCAGGAACCGGUGGUACGAGCUAAUAAAAACGAAAAAUCCAGUCAACUUCCGCACAGGGAAGAGCCGAAAUCCGCGGCCCCAUCUUCCGAAGACAGACAAAAAGAAGAGAGGCGCGAGCGAGUUCUUCGGAUCUGCUGGAAAAUCGACGAAACAGAAACGAGCGCCGAGAAGCAGCAUUAGCUGGUGUCGCGAUGGAAUCACCGUGGUGGUGUCGGCGUCGCGAGGAACAGGCCGAGGAAAUCGGGAAAAGAAAGCGUCGCUGGGUGACGGGAGAGGGGUGUGGAUUCAGGAGGCUGGUAGCGGAGAGAAAAAGCAGCGAGAGAAAAGCGAGGAAGAGAGAGAGAGAGAGAGAGAGAAUGCUUUUGGCGUAAGUCUGGGGCGCAAACUCGUUUUCAGGAGCGAGCGAGGGCGUCGAAGGGGGAGGGGGUUGGUGGCGACUUGGGGUCUGGAAGGGCGCUCGGAUGGUCGGUGGUGGGGUUGAGUCGGGAUUGGCUUUUCGCGAGCGUGAAACUCAGUAGUACGCUACCACCCACGCACGUAGUACGCACGUUCGCUCCACGUGUGCUACGAGCAAACGACUAGUCUCGAUUCCUCCGGGCAGAGGCCAAGAGAUCGCGGAGGAUCGGCGAGUCCUGGUGCCAGGACGCAUCGAUCUCGAUUCAUCGAAACGCGGAGACGGCUCUCGACGAAGUCCCAGCCGAUCGGCAUAGCUCGCGGAACAGCCUGGACGCGGCGGGAUCUCGUAGAUCCUUCGGAGAGCCGCGAGCGUCGCGGACUUGCAAGAUUUUCUGUAUAUCAGCAACCAUCGAGGAAUUCGUCGGGCUUCGACCAGUGAGUUUGUGGGUUUGAGGAUCGAUGCGUUUGGCGGACGAUCGGGGAGCAAAACGUGGCCAUCGACGCAGCGCUAGAUCUCGACGGAGUCGUUGACUGAGGAUCACCUGGCACCAGGACGAUCACCCGAGGCGGAGGACGCGAUGGUCCGCGGUCGAUGAAGAUUAGGAGGAGCUGAUUGGAUGGACCGAAGAGAUCGAUUGGUUCGUGGAUCGAGGAUGAGAAUCCAGAUGGGAAGAGAAGCGAUGGACGUGUUUGGUCAACAGAUCGUCGCGAGCGCGUGCUCUCAUCGCAUCUGGCUGCUUUAAGGACCGAGGAUCGAGAACUGGCCAUCAGCUACGACGAACACAGAUUAAAAUGUCCGGGACGGAGGCUCACGGCGGCGAUACGAGUCCCACGCGCCAGCCGAGACAGAGCAGAAUUCACAGCGUGGAGCUGCCGGCACGGGCCUCGCUGCUUCCGGAACCGCCGCCCACCGGAAGUGGCGUCCCACCGCCAAUACCGCGACGCCAUUCCGCUGCACCUGCGGUAGCUCCUCCACCGAUUCCAUUGCGGCCGCCAGCGAUCCCCAAGAGAAGGAAAAACGAGAAACCGAUACCGAUACAGCUGCCGACGAGACAGGACAGUCGGAACAGUCGGAACAAUCGGAAGACGAGCGACCACCCGGCGCCGAACAACGCGUCCGCGAUCGCUUCUUGGGUCCGGGAGAGCGAGAAGCUGAUCGAUCUGGGUCCUAUCCGGACCCAAGACCAGAGAACCACGCCCGAGUAUUCGUUGAGUUUCUCCAGCAAAGAGGAGACCAGCGAGGACAGCGACUUCGUCGCCGACUUCGACAAGGCGAACUUCGAGGAGGGCUGCAAGCUCAGCCAGAAGUCGAGCUUCGAGGAGCUGCAGAAGGCUUCCCGCGAUCUCGAGAAGAGGCUGCACGAGAGGAUCGUCAAGAGCGCCGAGACGAAGUUCAAAGAUCAUCAGGCCGCCAGAGACGAACGACAGAGACUGGGGACACAGCAGAACAGGCUUCCGUCGUCGAAGCUCGGCAAACAAGAGGGGCUGGACGAGGGUGCGGACGGAAAGUCUCGAGAAAAAUUAGCCCCGUCUCGGAGGGAGGCCGUGCACGAGGACGAGACCAAGUUUGCGGCGCUGUUGAGGUUGCGUCGCGAGACCGAGAAGAGAUGCAAGUUCGAGGAGCUCCAGGCGGCCUCGAGGAAGCUCGAGAGACGGCUGCACGAGGAGGACGACAAUCUGCGCGCGAUCAAGGAGAGGCCACCCACCAGAUAUGAGGAGCUGCAGAGAGCUUCCCAGGACCUGGAGAGGCGGCUGCACUCGGAUCACAAGUCCCAAGAAGCUGCGUCUCGUGGCAAAUACGAGAUGGAGAUGGACCGAGCACGCAGCAUUCUGCAGCACGGUCUUAGGAAGGACAGGAGCUGCGGUGAGAAACUGGAGAAACUGCCGAAGGCGACCCAGACGAAUAUUCCGCCGCCUCUCAGCACGAUAUCGCAGAGCCCGGUGCCGAAGCCCAUCAGCGUCCGACAGGACAGCAAUGUUUCUUCGGACAGCUUCAGCCAGAACAGCUCGCCCAGUUACACCAGCAAGACCAUGGAAGCUCCUCUGUUGCCCCAUAAACACGGCAAGGUCCCAGACAGGGCGUUGGUGUCGGAGCCAGAGACAUCCGGCAGAACCAUAACCAAGUCGACCAGCACCCCAGCCAGCCUGCAAGCAAUCGUGAGGGUCCACGGCGGCAACAAUAGCUCGCUGCAUCACAAGAUCAUCAGGGACAUGACCAGCAGCCACUAUACGACCGCAGGAAGGCUGCGGUUCAGGUUCGUGCAGGUGUUCUUCAACGUCCUGGCGCUUCUGAUUAUCGCCGGGGGGCUGGCCGUUUACUUCAAAUCGAACCCUGAGACUGCGAUACGAUUGGAGAACAAGACGACCUAUACGAACAUGAUCACGAUGACUGAACGUGCGCCACGGAUGAUCGAGGAGAAGAACCCAGCGCCCGGUGUCUGCCUGCCUAUAAUAGUAACCUUCUGCAAGUACCACAAGAUCCCGUACAAUUACACCGUCUUCCCGAACUACAUGGGGGACUGCGGGCAGAGGGACGCGCAACACGAGCUGGAGCUCUACGAUUCCGUGAUAGACGUGAAAUGCUAUGAAUUGGCAGCCCUCUUCUUGUGCAGCGUUUUCGUGCCAAAAUGCGGAUCCCGAGGACAGCUUGUGAGACCGUGUCGCAGUCUGUGCUUCGAAACCAAGAGACGCUGCGGCUUUUUCUUGGACGUGUUCGGCCUGACUCUGCCGGAGUAUCUGGAAUGCGAUAUGUUCCCGGAGAGCCUGAAUCCGGACGAGUGCGUGGGACACCAGGAAGUUGAGGAAGUUAACAAGAGAGCAGACGAACCUGCAUGCCCCAGCGGUUUUCAAUGCGACGGGAACAAAUGUAUUCCGCUCGACUGGAAAUGCGACGGCCACUUGGACUGUGCCGAUAACAGCGACGAAAUGUACUGCGCGGAUUGCAGCGCCUCUUCUGCUGUCGGAGGAUCGGUGCUCAACACGAAGAUCGUGAAGAAGCCGAUCCUGGCGAAGAACAACGUCUCGAAUUCGCCGUGGCACUGCGGCGAGAAGUCUUGCAUCUCCACGAACCACGUGUGCGACGGGAUCAUGAACUGUCCUUGGGGACAGGACGAACGCUAUUGUUUGAGAGUCAGCAUAAGGAACGGAGACAUAGCUAAAGGAAGACUGGAGGUGUUUCACGCCGAAGUGGGCAAGUUCAUGCCGGCCUGUAUUUCUCACUGGGAAACGGACUCCGCGAAAAGAAUCUGCGCUAAGCUUGGAUACAAAGUGGCAAAUUCGUCCAGAUUGACGGAGCACGGCACCAAUCUCACGCGAAGGGGCGCCAAUUCCUCGCAGGUGAACAUGCUGAAGGAGUUCCAAGAGUGCAUCACUGAUCAGCAGCCUUACCCCACGGUGGAGCUCACAUGCUCGGAAUACGCUUGCGGGCAAAGGAGAUCGGUGUACGGGAAUUCGAGGGUGCAGACGAGGAUCGUUGGUGGCGUCGAAUCAGCGCCGGGCGACUGGCCGUUUUUAGCUGCGCUUCUUGGUGGGCCUGAACAGGUGUUUUAUUGUGCCGGGGUCUUGAUAGCUGACCAGUGGAUUCUGACCGCGAGUCACUGUGUUGGAAACCGCUCCGAUGUAUCUGGUUGGACGAUACAGCUGGGGAUCACUAGGAGACACUCGCACACCUAUUACAGUCAAAAGCUGAAGGUGAAGAACGUGGUGUCCCAUCCUAAUUACAACCUAGGCAUCGCUCACGACAACGAUGUGGCUCUGUUCCAGCUGGAGAAACGAGUGCAGUUCCACGACGACUUGAGGCCGGUUUGUCUGCCAUCGGCAGACAAGGUCCUCGUUCCUGGAACUGUGUGCACAGUGAUCGGUUGGGGCAAGAAGAACGACUCCGACAGUACGUACGGUACAAUUUAUUCGGUUGUACCAUUUUUUUCGUCGCGUUUAAUUUGUCGGUAUAAUUUAUAUGAUUCGCUCAUGGGUUGGAAUUAUCUCGCAGCGUCCGAGUACGAGCUGGCAGUGAAUGAGGUACGAGUGCCAGUCUUGAAUAGAGAGAUUUGCAAUUCGUGGCUAGCGUAUAAAGAGUUGAACGUGACCGACGGAAUGAUCUGCGCCGGCUACCCUGAUGGUGGGAAAGAUGCUUGCCAGGGCGACUCCGGAGGUCCCCUGCUCUGCGAGGACGAAAACGAGAAAGACAAAUGGUUCGUAGGUGGCAUCGUGAGUUGGGGAAUAAAGUGUGCCCACCCAAAGUUGCCCGGGGUCUACGCCUACGUGCCGAAAUACGUGCCAUGGAUUCGACACGUGAUGGCGACGUACGGCGACUACGGUAUGGGCAAAAGCCACCAUAAAAAAGCUACGCAAAAGCCGACCGGAACGAUUUCAAAAAUCGUCCAGUCGCGAUCAGAUCGGUAAGGCUUGAUCGGAUGGAUCGUUAACGUAAGACAAUAAAUCUUAACGAUAAUAUGACGCGUGCGCCUUGUUUGUUAAGUCGCUGUAACGCGAACAGCAUGCUCGGAUCGAGCGAUACCGAUGUUCGCACCGCUAACGACAAUAUUAAUCAUCGAUGUUCCGUUUGAUCGACGCUGUAUAGCAGGAUAGAAACUUUUGAUGUUUACUUGACACUGGUAGCCGGAGAAUCGCAAUUUUCCUUUCGAGAGAACGCUAUACUUUUUUACUAUUCCUACCGAGACUACUCUUGCAACGACAGUGAAGACGUUCAAUAUUCGAACUAGCUUAAUCCAGCGUUUCUGAAACCGUGAGACGGUAUCGGUCCUUCCCACGCGAAAAAAAAAGAAAGAAAGCGCAGUCCUCGGAAGAUAUUAGAAUUGUAAACGAAUUAAAUAAAUAAAUAUUGCAGGAACGGAUCUGUGAACCAUAUUUUGUUACAAGUAUUCGGGAGGACCGCCAUGACAAUAUUUCAGAGGUUCAACGGAAACGCUGGUCCAGCCUAACGAUCGCGAAUGCGACCGAUGAUCUCUCUAUCGAGACUAACUUCUUUUAUCUGUUAAAGUGGCUCGAACGAUAUUAGUCGACUCGGUUUAGAAGCGAUCGACACGGAACUCGAAACCUCGAACUGGACAUUCAUCUUCUAAUAAUCUACGGAAGUCCGUGCCAACAGUCGGAUAAAUAGAAGUUUCAUUUCUAGGAUUAAACUGUUCGCGAUAAAUAUAUUUUUCUACCAACUACCAGCUCUAACAUCGCCAUGAUCGCAGCAAUACUUGCAACAUCGCGCGUUCGUUUGCAUUUGAUAGAUUAUUAACAAAUUGAACCGUGGCACGUCAUUGUACAUUUUCUUGCUUAUAAAAUGCCCUGACAGAGGUUAAACUUACCGGUGUUGGAAUCAAAAUUAUUUCGAAACGGUAGAAGAUCGUAGAAAGUUGCGAUUCACGAUCUUUUGGAAAAACUUCGCCGCGAAAAUCGCGCGAUUUCUCGCGGUCUAGCGACGAUUUUAGCGAAUUGCGUCCCGUGUCGAUCGACUUCCGGAAGUCCUGUCCGUCUUACGAUAAUAAGGAACCUAGUUAAGGGCAUGUUAGCGAAGAUGAAAUAAAAGGAAACAUAUUAAGAAGCUGUUCCAAGAACGCAGGGGCCCGCUAGCCGGACGGAACCCGUCGGACAACGAGCCCUCGCCGCCAUUUUGUAGAAAGUCCGUUUUCACGCGAACGCGUACGAACAAAAAAAAAGAAAAAAAAGGAAAAGUAACACAGGAAAAUAUACGGAAAAAUCGUGCGUACUUUUAGUAGCGAGAAUCGCGAGGAACUAAAAAAACACACACACACACACAAAAUACACGCGUACGUGGGUUUUGCGAACAAAACGAAAAUUCCGCAUGAGAUGCGACAAAAAACAUUUUUGUAUCGCCGUCGGUUUUAGGGGAAGCCGCGCCACCAAGUGGCCGAACAAAUCACGAUUCUAAGGAUGUGCGUUCGACAUUCGUCGAUAAUUUCGACUCUGAUCGAUCCGAUCGAGGCUCUGGACAAGUGCGAGAAUCAAUUUCUUGAUUUAUAAAAGGCCUAUUUUAGAUCUCGAACUAAAUUGUGUUUUAACAUUAAAUCUAUCAUGCCGGCGAAAAAUGAUCUGUUACAUAUUUUUGUUGAAAUUAUGAAGACUCGUUCUUUAAGAAACGACCGAAUAAAGUGCUUUAUCGAAGCUUACAUUGUGGUAAAAAUGGCGAAAAGUCUGAAUAAAUUCAGUCCUGUCGAUCGUAUAAAGCAGCACACGUUGUUGGAGCUUGGUAGAUUUAGUGUUAAGAUGUCCAAAGCAUUUGUUCAAGCUAUAGAUGUUAUUUACACAGCGAGCUUGCAAUAAUGCGGACAAUACAAAUGACAGUUUUUCUCUCAUUUUUGUUCUGGGAAGUGCUUAACGAUUUUGUAGAAAACCGAAUGUGGUGAAAGAACAUGAAAAUUUAGUACGAACGCACAUCGACUGUAGAUGAAAUGUGCAUUUAAUGCAUCAGAUGUAUUUGUGUACUAAUUAUAGAAGUCUCCGUUAAGCCUAAACCUAAGAGUUUAUAUCGUUAAGGGUAAUUAAGAUCUGUGUUUCUUAGUGUAAAUUGUAACUCUAUGUCUAGCGUUACGUGUACUAAUUCUAUAACGAGAAUUGUAAGCAGGGAAACAUGUAUAACUACAUGCUGCGACAAUAAUUAACCGAAGUAGGUAAUUCACGAGCAACGGAGAGCCGAGCAGACCUUACAAUUUUCAGUGAAACGCCAAUAAAGCCUAAAACGUAAACGUCGAUUAUUUAAUUUUACAGUUUCAUAUAAGCUAGAACAACGCACAGAGCGAAAGAAAUAUUUAAAAAAUAAUUUAUAAUCCUAAUUAUUUAACAAAAUUGCUCGGCUCCUAGGAGAGCUAAAGAUCUCCAUGUAUCGACAAUAGUAAUAUUAUAAUAUCGUG